AUGCGACACUUGGCGUGGUUGAUGCUGGUGAUCCUGUGGAUGGUGCAGGCUGUGGACGGCUGUCCUGAUGUCUGCAAGUGCUCCAGAAAGUACCGUUCAGAAAAGACAGAGGUCAACUGUCAUAAGAGGGGACUUCGUGCCUUUCCCUCCAAACUGCCCCCCGAUGCCUGGAUUCUUAAACUAGGUGAGAACGGUAUCACGGACAUAAAGGCCAAUGCUCUGAGAUCAAUUCCAAAGAUUGAGAGCAUCAACCUGGAACGAAAUGCCAUCAAGUCCAUCCAUCCCCAAGCCUUCUCUGGUGCAAAGCAACUGAUGCUCCUCAAUCUUUUUGGCAACCACAUCACCACCCUUCCACCGAGAGGAUUUCAGGACCUCCUGAACCUUCGCUUCCUCAUGCUGGGACAGAACCAGAUUGGCACCGUCAAAGCUGACAUGUUUGCAGGAAUGAGGAACUUGUCAGAUUUAGAUCUUCCUCUCAACGCUUUGACAAUGCUCCCAUCUAAUGCCUUCAAGCCUCUGAUCGCCCUCAAAGUUCUGGACCUCUCCCUGAAUCGCAUCCAGAAGAUCUCCCCUAAGGCCUUCAGUGGACUCAGACAGCUCAUGUUUCUUAACUUAGACAAUAACAGUCUGAAGACUCUUCCAGCUGGAGCAUUCAAGCCUCUGCGAUCUCUGGAGAUGCUGGUUCUAGACAACAACUUUCUGUCCACACUGAGCCUGUCAGUACUGGAUGGCCUGGGCAACUUGCAGGAACUCUACCUGAGGAAUAAUGAGCUGGAGCUCCUGUCACCUGAUGCGUUCGGGAGUAUGGCCAAGCUUUCUCAGCUGGCUCUAAGUGGAAACCGCCUGAAGACAGUGGACGGAAACAUGUUCGCCCAUAUGCCCGACCUAAUGAAACUGCACCUCCAUGACAACCCGUGGGAGUGUGAUUGCAACCUCAUCUCCUUGGUGCAAUGGAUGGGGCAGACCAAGGCCACCCUGUCACCUCGGGAGGCCCUGAAGUGCGUGGGUCCUCUGGAGCUCCAAAACAAGAGCUUCUCCAGCCUCCAAGCUGACAAACUGAUCUGCCCUGCCUAACUCCAAAGAACAUGGAUGAA